GGUAAGAUUUUUAUUAUGCAUCUUCCUAAACCAGAAUUUGUACAUAUCCAUUUCCAUUAUUCUUUCUCAAUUCCAGGAACUACCCCAGAAACGGGGAGAAUCUUUGAGGGGAUUGAGAGCAAAUUUUCUUUAAGGACACCUGCCAUACCCGACGAGGACAUCUGCUACUUGGUACCUGGCCAAAAAGACUCACUGGCACACUGCAGCUUUAACCACACCAGCAAAACCUUCCUGGUGAUCCAUGGAUGGACGGUAACUGGGAUGUAUGAGAGCUGGGUGCCAAAACUGGUGGAUGCUCUGUAUAAGAGAGAGCCUGACUCUAAUGUCAUUAUUGUAGAUUGGCUAACUAGAGCCCAGCAACACUAUCCAAUAUCUGCUGCAUACACUAAACUGGUAGGAAAGGAUGUGGCCACUUUUAUCGACUGGAUGGAGGAGCAAUUCAACUACCCUUUUGAAAAUGUCCAUUUGCUGGGGUACAGUCUGGGAGCACAUGCAGCUGGGAUUGCUGGAAGUCUGACCAAAAAAAAGAUUAACAGAAUUACUGGUUUAGAUCCAGCUGGUCCUACCUUUGAAUAUGCUGAUGCGCCUAUGCGCCUAUCCCCAGAUGAUGCUGAAUUUGUUGAUGUCUUACACACUUACACAAGGGGGUCCCCAGACCGGAGCAUUGGGAUACAGCAGCCAGUUGGGCAUAUUGAUAUCUAUCCUAAUGGAGGAAGCUUCCAGCCAGGCUGUAACUUAGGAGAAGCUCUGCGCCUCAUUGCAGAAAAAGGCUUUGGAGAUAUGGAUCAGCUCGUGAAAUGCUCUCAUGAACGUUCCAUCCAUCUCUUCAUUGACUCUCUGCUGUAUGAGGAAAAGCCAAGCAUGGCCUAUCGCUGUCAAACAAAGGAAGCCUUUGAAAAGGGGCUUUGUUUAAGCUGCAGGAAGAACCGCUGCAACAAUAUGGGUUAUCAGGUCCAUAAAGUGAGAACCAAGAGAAACAGUAAGAUGUAUCUGAAGACACGGUCUCAGGCACCCUAUAAAGUUUUUCAUUACCAGGUCAAGAUCCAUUUUUUUGGAAAGGAGACUGUAACUAAGACAAAUCAGCCACUCCUCAUUUCUCUGUAUGGCACAACAGAUGAGAGAGAGAACAUUGCCUUUAUACUACCUGAAAUUUCCACAAACAAGACCUACUCCUUUCUGGUUUACACAGAGGUGGAUAUUGGUGACUUACUUAGGCUGAGUCUGCAGUGGGAGAAAGACUCUUUUUUCAGUUGGACAGAAUGGUGGACCUCCUUCACAUUUGACAUCCACAGAGUGCGAGUGAAGGCUGGAGAAACCCAGAAAAAGAUGGUGUUCUGUUCUCAGGAUGGAGUUGCUCAUCUCCAAAAGGGAGAGAAAGCUGUAAUGUUUGUGAAAUGCCUUGGUAACCCUGUCCGCAGAAGGAAAGCGGGGCUGAGAACUGAGUGAAUGUGGGGACAGACUGUGCUGGACUGUGGAUAAUAGAGCUUGUACUUGGGGCAAAUUGCAGAGCUAUCACUACCUACUUAGCCUUAGCUGUGACCCAUAAAUGUGUAUAUAUAAUUACUCUAUUCAUCCUGCAAUAAACUUUCAGUGGUAGGAGAUGCUAGCAUGCUCAGUGUCCAAUGCAGAUAUUUUAAAAUUAAUCAGUAACAAUGUCUCUAAAACAAAACUGUUUAACCUCUGA